AUUUCAAUUUUCACUUUCUUAAUCUCCAAAAGUAAACCAGUGUUGCUUCAAAAUCGUCAAAUUUUUACAUUUUUUCAAAAAAUUUCAUUUUUCAAUUUUGAGUGAUUGAAUGAAAAAGAUGAAAAUUUCAUCAUUUUUGUUGGCAAUCGCAGCCACGAUUGUUUUCAUCGAUCAAACGAACACAAUAUCAGUACCAGUUGAACGUUAUGAUCUAAUAAAAUUACGUUGUUUUAAUCGUUCAAGAACAAAUGGCAAGGAAUUAAUACUUGGUCAAAAUGAACCGAUUGGUCUUUCAAUGGAAAACCUAAUUUCAAUGAUUGAAAAAUUUGAAAAAUUAAAUCCAAAUUAUACACCGGAUAAUGUUAUAAAAAUUUUUCUUCGAAGAUUUCAUAUUGAUGGUGUUCAAUUUGAUGGAAAAAAUAAUAUUCCAAUUGAAAAAUAUCGUAGUCAAUCAAAAGUUAUUGAUGCUAUACUAUCAAUCGAUCAUCAUGAUACUAGUUUUGAUCAUUUAUUUCCGGAAAAUCAAUUUACUGAAGAUGAAAAAUGUAAUUUAUUUUUUACAUUAUCACAUUUUAUUAAUGAAACAGCUAAAGCAAAUGAAAAUAUAUCGAAUAUUUUCAUUGGAAAUUUACCACGUUCAAUGGAAAGAAUUCAAUUGUUGGCAUUGAAUUCAGCACCGAUUCGUGAUUUAGGUAAUGAAAUACCGUUAGAAGAAACAACAAUAUCAUCAUCAUCAAUAACAGCCAACAACAACAACAACAACAACAACAAUAAUCAAUUUGGAAAAUUACAAACACAAAAACCAAUCAUGAAACGUAAUAGAAGAGAAAUCAGAAUGACAAGAAAACCAAGAGAAUAUGGUGUAGUAAGUUUUCUUUCAUCGGAAAAAGAUCCAAUCAGUGCAAGUCGUGUUCUAUUAGGAUUAUAUGUUGGAUUAGUUGGUACAAAACCACGUAAAGUAAUCGAUGUAAUCAAAGAUUUGGGAAAAACACCUGUUGAAAAUGAAUUGAAUAUGAAAGAAAUUGAUCCACUUUUAGCUGUAACAUUGGCCGAUAUUUUUAGUCCGGCUAGUUUAUAUGAAGAAAACGAACCAUUCGGUGCUAAUGGUGUUUGGAAUAAUAAUGUUUGUCAUACAGAAUUUAUACUUGGAGACAAUAAAGGUUUAUUGGGAACAAUGGCCGAAUUACGUGGUGGUUUAGAUGGUUAUAAUAUUGGUACAAUGAUGGAAUCAAUACGAUUAACAUUUCCAAAUAUAACAGCAAGUCAAGCAUUACGUUAUUAUUAUACAAAACAAGGUUUAACAUCCACAGCAAGUGUUUGUUAUCGUGAUUCUUAUAUGGAUAAUUUAUUGAAAGAUGAUUUGAUUGAUUCAGUUAAAAAAUAUUUAACAAUAUGGAAUAAUUUUUAUUUUGAUGGUCUUCAUGAUAAAAGUCGUCUUGAUGGUUAUGUUAAUCUAUUCAAAGAUAUAUUCAUUAAAAAAUUGGGUGAAUCAGCAUCACACAAUGAAGAGUUGAAAAAAUUAUGCUUUGAAACAAUAACGGACGAUAUUCGAAAACGACAAUGUGAAACAAUAUCAAAUGCAUUCUUUAUAUUGGAUAUAAGUCAAACAUGUAACCAACAACAACAAAAUCAAAAUCAACAACAUUGUUUGAAACAGGCAACCUUUGUAAAUGAAUUAACAAAAAAUAUGUUAAUGAAAAGAAAUUAUGGUUCAAUUUCAAUAUUAUAUAAUGCAUUACCGGUUGAAAAUCCAUCAUUGAUUGAUGAUCAAAUGAUGCCAGUAAAUAUAUCAUUAUUUUCAGUUUCAUAUAAUAAAACAUCAUCGGAAUGUGCAUCUUGUAAAGCAAUUUAUGGUGAUACAAUGGCUCAACGACCAAUUCAAAAUCGUGUCGAAAUGUUUGAUCGUUUAAAUCGAAUGCUGGAACAAUUUGAUGAAAUUUAUUGGAAUCGAACAGCCGUACCAGGAAAAUUAUUAUUUUGGUUCGAUUAUGGUACAUUACAAUCGAUACCAGACGAUGUUGUUGAAAAAAUUCGAUACAAUCGAUUUUCACGGGAAUUAAUAUUUCGUACAAGAAAUUCUGGUUUCUAUUCAUUCGCAACAAAUCAAACAACAUUAAAUGAUGUUAUUUCGGUUGCUAACAAUAUGAUUCAUAUUAAUUCGAAUGAUAAUUCUUCUACGAUAAAAAUGGAUGAUCUUAAUCAUCUAUGUCAAAUGUCACCACAAAUAUUUCAAUAUCCACAAUGUAAAAUACAACCAUCCAAUAAUAAUGUUUAUCGUGGUUUUAUUUCAAGAAAUCGUCGUCAAUCAUGGGCAAUGUAUUCGGAAUAUUUUAUUAAAAGUUAUCAUAUUGAAAUUCGUUUCCGUGCUGAAGAAUCCAAGUUAAAGGUUUGCUAUGGUCGUACAAUGUUUCCGGAAAAUGAUGAAAAUAAUUGCCGUGUGAAUCAAAAUCUAAAAGAUGAUAUUGUUUUGAAUAUAAAUAAUCCAUGUCAAGGAAUGAAUACGGAUAAAUGUCCACCAUUUUAUUUUACAAUCACUUUGUAUAGUCCACCUGACAAUCAUCGUUUCUGUACAGAAAAAUCCAAUUCAGAUAAAAAUGUUAGUGAAGAUGAUGGUGCUGUUGUUGGAUCCGAAUAUUUUAAACGUUUUGUAUUUGAUUUGAAAAAAUCAUCAAAUUCAAAACAAUUAAUGGCUGGUGCUAUGGGCGGUAUGGUUUCAGGUUAUUUAGCAGCAAAAUUUGGUAAAUUAGCUGCUAUUGCUGUUGGUGGUAGUAUGCUUGUGAUACAGAUUGCACAAUAUAAUGGUUAUAUUGAAAUUGAUUGGAAAAAAGUUAAUCAAGAUGUACAAGUAGUGAAAAAAACAAUGAACAAAAAUAAAUCACAAUUACCAACAGUUGUAAAAAAUAUUGAAGAAUUUGUAAAAGAAAAUGUAGUAUUAGCUGGUGGAUUUGCAUCCGGAUUUUUGAUUGGAUUUGCUUGGGCAUAAAUUCCAUAUUUUCAUUUUCAUUUCGUUUU